UUUGUAUGUAAGCUACCUUGCCUAUAACAUAAUAGCAUACAAGUUACUGAAAAGGACACCUAUUGCGUCUUGAAAGUUUAGCCAUGGACACAGUUAAGUUUGAUAUUGAACGUAGCGAGUCGGGCCGCAAGAAGAAGCCUACCUUUCGGAUUGUGGCGCAGCUGGUCCUGGCCAUGAAACGUUUCCAGGCUGCUCUCAACCCAUCCUACAACUACGGGGAGAAUAAAGCGAAUCCUAGGGCAAGCUCCCCUACAAGCGGAGAUCGGGCGAUGAGCGGUCGCACGAUGAGUGCUCGCACGGCCAGCGGUCGAACUGCAAGCGGCACGAUUACGAAGUCGCUGUCGGGACGCCCGGACCAAGCUGGCAAGCGCCACGGUUACAAGGGCAACUUACUACUCCGGCCGCUCCCGGCGUUGCCAUCGGAGCAGGAAACAAGCGCCUAAGCAGGGGAGGAAGGGUGGGAUGGGAUCCGCGUACGUUUGAAUGGGAAGCGUUGCCCAGCUUCCAACCUGUCAUGCUUACUCUGGUACUGGGAGUUUGCUUUCGGGCUUCCUUUUGAGGCCAUAUGGGUAACGCUUUUAUGUGGAUACUGACUGUCGGUUAUGUGGUAUAACUAGUUGACGGGGGAAACUGGAAUUAGCUUAUGCGGUAGCUGCCCGAAUGUCGAGCUGUAUCUGCCGUGUUGCGCUGCUAAAAGGGAUAACUUGAGGACUAUAGGAGUGGAAUUAAGGGCCGCACACUUGAUUGGCAGUUGUCUAAGGGGCAGACACUGGGGGAACCAUCUCUACAGGAGCGCUGUAUCAAGAAUCAACCGUAGACUUGAUCGGUGGGAUGUGUAAUGGCAACGAUAGCCACCCCUCGUGUCUAUCGUGGAAGAGGAAGAGAGUGGAGCGGGCUGUGUUUUAAUCCGGGCUGUCCGCUCUUGUUUUUGUUGUCGUAAACAAACAGUGCCGUGCGAAACGCACAUGGCAAGCGCCUAGUAUGCAUUUGGUCGGCAUAUCGGGUUCGCCGCGUGGUUACGUCACGGGGCCCAAGCCGCAUCUGCGUGAAAGCAGGGAGGCAGAUUGGAGAAGACAGCCAUCGCCGCUGCUACCGCUGCUUUGCUAUUGUUGCUUUGCACGUGUGCCAAGUGUGCCAGGUGUCAGGUCGGCCGCGGAGUUGCCAUCGUUCUUGCGCUUUUGGGUUCUCAUGUUGGACGGUCGACGGUUGAAAGGUCGUCAGGAGGAUGUUUGGGCCCGGACCAGCAGGGCCCUGACAAACGGCGCGAGUUUUAGAUAUGGUGUCGGUGGUGCUGUGCCUACUUUGCCCUGCGGAUGGCAGCAUGGAUCACAGUAAUGCUGCUGGGGAAGCUCUUAAUCGGUGCGCAUAUGAGCGGUGCAUGCGAAAGGGAAGGGUUACAAGUGAAAGGGCGCAUAAGAAGGCCCGAGCAGGCAUGCUCCUUUCCUGAUCGGUUAAGGUUGGGCAUCUGCUUCCUGCGCCCUUCUGGUCUUGGAGGUUAUUGGGCGACAUGACUACAAGCCGGAAGUGUUGAGGCUGGAGAGUUGUCUAGGGGUAUGGCCGUAUGGGGCCUGCUUAUACAACUCCACAAGGAGAGGAGCUCAAUAUCGGACCGCAAUUGCCUGCUGAUUGCAAGGUUGGCAGGCAAGCAAUGCAAGCCACGCUGUGUUGGGGGUACAAAUUUCGCGGGAGCGUGUACCUUUCGUACGCGUAGUAAAAAAUACGGUAGUUGUACGGUUGCCAGGCUCGUGGCUACAAUUGAAGCAUUUUGGGGCUAUAUUCGUUAGGAGCAUCUGACGUUACCUCUUUUGUUUAUGAACCAUUUUUGGCAACACGUGAGUGUUAAGAAAACUGGCCGCGCAAGUAGGAACGUACUGGAUUGUCGGACUGUUUAGUGUGUGUGUUGUGGGUCUGUCGCUCUGGGAAUGCCCCACGUUCGUAGCUUAGCCGAGGCCCACAUAACUAAGGAAACGGGUUAUAUGUUGGGAUGGCGUAGGGAUGGUGGUCCCAUCACGACCUUCGUCAAAAGAAUUUUAGGAGGAUUUUAGGAUGCUCCCGUAGGUGGCUGCGGCAUGAGCAGCCUGGCAGCAGCACCGUUUCGAGCUAGCGGUGCCGCCCAUUUGAGGUGCUGGCAGUUGGGGUGAGACAGCGCUACGGGGUGUGUGUGUGUGGGGGGGGUGUUCAGCUGCAGAACAGC